AUGACGAUGAAUACAUUUGCAGCUUAUAUUGAAAUUCUAGGAUUAUUGAAUGUCCUAAUUAUCACAAAUAUUUACUCAUCGGUUAUUGAGAAAUCAUCAAGUGAAAAUCCAAGUGAUCAAACCAUUUCAUAUUCUUUACCAAAAGAAUGUACUCUUUUUCCAAAUCAAAAAUAUCUUAGUGUAUUACCUGGAUUUGGAUGGGAUAAUUUGGUCAAUCGCGAAAGAGGUCCUAUAAUAGACGUGGAAAAAUAUUCACUAUGUCGACGUUCUGUAGACGGGAAAUUUCUAAUUCCGGAUGAAAUAACUGUUCAACCAAUAAAGAAUUCGGAAAUUAAAUUAUCCUCUGAAGUAUACGAAUCAAUUAGUCAAUGUCGUUCAUUAGUAGCCUAUUCAAUUAAUUCAGCUGUUGGCGGUGAAUAUUCAUAUUUUCGUAUCAAUGGAGAUUUUUCAUCGGACAAAGAAACAUUACGUGAAAAACUAAGUCAAAAAUUGGGACUUAUUAUUCAAAGUGAAAUGCGUCAUAAUCGUUAUUUUAUUCAAUUAAUACCUGAUUCAAAAUUACAUUCACGUUUUAAAAAUCGUCUAUUAGAUAUUGCUGCAUAUUUAGAACAUGGAAAUGUAACAAUGGAAACUAUUGAAUUAUUUGAUAAUGGUUUAAUUGGUAAUACAUUAAGAAAUUCAUUAGGAAUAGUAACAAAUGAUAAUUUUAAAUCAUUAAGUCAAGGUAUAAAUGCAUUUUAUUUAGCUGAUCUAGUUGUUCGUGAUUUUGGUACACAUUGUAUAAACUCAGUUUAUGCUGGAGGUGUUUUGGCAAAAAUUGACACAUUGGAUACAAAUUCAUUAAAUACUAAGAAAGAAGAUCGAUGGCAUUUAGGUGCAUCAGCUACAACAAGUUUUGCUAAUCUCUUUAACGUUAAACUUGGUGGAUCUGCAAACGUUAAUGAUUCUUUAAUUCAAAAUUAUGAAAGUAAAAUAACAUACAGUCAAAUUCUGACCUAUGGUGGUCCUAUUAUUUACAUGUCUAAUGUGAAUUUAUCACUUUGGGAAUCUGGUCUAGACAAUCAACUAGUGGCUAUUGACAGAAGUGGACAACCAAUUUAUGAAUUAAUUACAGAUAGAUCAUUACCUGAGUUACCUAGUCAUAUGAUAGUUCGAUUGGUUGCAACAAUUAAAUCAGCUGUUGAAAGAUAUUAUAAAGCCAAUACAGUAGUUGGCUGCAUGAAUCCUUUAUCAGUUUUUUAUGAUAAUGAAGCUAAUGUGGCUUCCCCGGAAUGUGAUCUACAAAGUAAACAAAUUACAAAUACAACGUUAUACCUUGGAGGAGUUUAUCAAAAGUGUACUGGUCCAGAUGAUUUAUGUCUUGGUGAAACUAUACCUAAUCCACUUACUGGUGAUUUAUUUUGUUCACAAGGUUAUGUAUCAAUACAACUGUUACCACAACAAGUUAGAAAAUGUUAUAGUGUAUGCAAUGAAAAAUCUUGGUUUAAAAAUCCCGAAUGUACAACUCAGUGUGCUAUUACUGAAUCUUACUGGUGUUCACGUGAUCCAUCGUUAUCAUCAUCAUCAUCAUCAUCAUCUAAUAUAUUAGACAAUAGUGAUAGUGGUUAUUUAUUUGGUGGUCUUUAUACAGAUAAAGAGGUGAACAGUUUAACUAAACAAUAUAAUUGUCCCCAAUAUUACUGGCCAAUAACACUUGGUCGACGUAUGCGUAUCUGUUUAUCAACUGAUCGUGAAUUAGGCGGUAAAUAUUCGUUACCUUUCGGUGGUUUUUAUAGUUGUUAUUCUGGCAAUCCAUUAACUGCUUUAAUUAAUAUCAAUCAAACUGAUAAAAUAGAUAGUAAUGAGCAACAUACUCGGAUACCAGAAUGGUUUAAAAUACAACAAGAACGAAUGUCAUUCACUCUCCCACCACCACCACCAUCAUCAUCAUCAUCACCGCCACCACCACCACCACCACAACAACAACAACAAAAGCAUGGAACAAUGCGAUCAAUGCUUCGUAACGAUAAUUUAACUCCUUUCAAUGAUCAAUUUGUACAGAAUGAUUUUUCACAACUAUUUGCUGCAUUAUGGCCGAAAAAAUGUCCAGUUGGAUAUACAGCACAUUUAGCUGCUAUGGAAGAUAUAUGCCAAGUAAAUUAUUGUGUUCAAGCAAAUUUUUUAAAAGAACAAGUAAGACGUCAGUUGAAACGACCUCCAUUUGUUUUACCACUUUCAUUUGAUUCACAUUUAUUUAAACUAAGUGAUUCAAAUAAUUUCAUUGAAUCAAGUUCAAAUGAAUUACAUGAUAAAAAUGGUAAUAUAAUUAGAAAAAUAAAUGGACGUUGGAAAGAGCCUGAUCAAUUUAACAUUGAAAAUAAUAUGAAUCAUAAUAAUCAGAAAUUACAAAAUAUUCAUUAUGCAUUCAUUACAACACUUAGUACAUUAUUACCAAUUAUCAUUGUUUUAAUUAUUAUCAUAUCUAUCCUUACAUUUUAUCAUAUACGUCAACAAAAUAGGCCGACAUCACAACGUCAUAAUUGA